AUGAAUAAAGAAUCAAGUCUAAACGAUCCAGAAAUUACUAAAACCCCGGAUGGAACUGACAAUACGUUAAGUGCUAGUACUCUCACUAAGGCUUUGCGCGAAAUAGAGUAUAAAGAAAUACCAGAGUAUAUUCUUCUCAAAGCGGCCGAGCGAGGAAAAAAUUUUCAUGACAUUAUUCAGGAGUUCGUGAAAAGUGGCAAUCAUCCUCCUUUUGUUGAUUUAGCAGCGAGCAAUAAGUUAAGUAAAUUAGAUAAGCGGAUUCAUGAAACAGUUAAUUUUUUGAAAAAGGAUAAAUCAUUAAAACUGGGGCGUUUUCUCGGCAGUGAAAAACUCCAUUACGUUUUUUACAAAGACGAAUUGUUGGCUACUUAUGUUGAUUUGGAGUUUCACGAUUAUAUUGUUGAGUUAAAAACUAGUAAUAUUAAGGCUAAUGAUAGUCCACUGGCUCUGCUGAUUUUUGAAAUUCAAUUACUUAUUCAAUAUUUGUGUACCGUACGUAAUGGCGACACUUAUUCACUACAAAUGAAAAAAGCGGUUAUUCAAGAAGUAUUAAGUCAUUUUUCUUCGCCUAAAAAACUAAUUUGUUAUCCGAUAAUUACAGUAAUUAUUAGAGCUCCACCUAUUCCGCAACUUAUUCAUAAAGCACUGUUAUUAUCUUGGGGUUUAACUGUUGAGGAGGCAGUAUCAGAAUUAUUUCUUAACUCUAAUUCUUGA